UAAACCGGUGUGCACAACGGCCAGAGAUAGGCUCAGAGAGGUGUUGGCUGAUCCGAUCUUAUAUCCCAUAAUACUUUAUUGUGCCCAAAAACAAUUUUGUGAAGAGAACAUCGAAUUCUUGCACGAUGGCUACUCUUUACUGACAGCUGUCACCAGUCUAGAACUGAAGUCGGCAACAUCAGUAUGUUAUGUGAAUAGACGUACGCAAGAAUUUAUAGAAGCAUACGUGAUGACUGGUGCGACCUCACUUGUGAAUCUAUCAAGCGCACACAUCACAAAGUUUAAGCAAGUUUACACAGCAAUUUGCGCUGCUGGGGACGGUGUCAAUUUGGAGGAGUUGAAGUUUGAGCUCGUGCUUGCGCAGAGUCUGAGUGAAGUAAGCGAUCUGAUCACAUCAUCAGGCGUUUUGACUAUGUAUGAAAAGUCGGCAGAGAGAAAAUCUGUUUAUUCGGAACGAGCAGCGCUUAAGCGCUUGGAACUUAGAGAAUAGCAUAGAAAAAUUAUAUACAUCCGCACGCUUAGUUGCUUGGAACAUAGAAUAAUAUAGAGAAUAAUAAGUAUGCACGUUUCGUUUAGUUUGGACAAACCCCGGCAGAGUUUCGCUCAACAUGCGAAGUUAAUGGAGUACGAACAUUACGGAAACGCCCGCCUUUCAAUUUCGUAAUCAGAUGCACUUCUUAUUCAUAUUUAUAGACUUUUGAUCUGCCACUCGCACGCUGCAAACGACGGACAACCAUUCACAACAAGUAUACCUAAAUACAAGGGUUGUUCUUUUAUUGGAGGGGAUAGGUCUUGUAUGUGACGGAAAUUGUAUUCGAGAUAGUACACACUACACAUAUACACAUAAUUGUUGUGGAGAGGCGGUGAGUGUUUACUUGCGAUGCCAGUUAUCGUUGAGUCGUCUUGAAUGGCUCAGCAAAUAUGCGAAAGCUCGAGCUUUUGCCCAUCGCAUGCUGAUAUUUCGGCCUGUCAAAGUUACUACUAGGGCUGGCUAUAGUACCAGUUGAGGCUACCGGUGUAGGUAGAAAGCUAUGUGGCUUUCUUGGGACCACAAAUGAGGACAGAGGUUUGUAGCCCCAUUUUUGGUCUCUUGGGUGCAUAUCAUGAGGAGAAAGUUGAGUUCCAAACUGUUCUUUAACGGCGGUGUCCACUCCGGGCGGGCUUAGGCUGAAACGCGAGUACAUCUGCGCCAUUUAAAUGUGUGUAUCACAGAUUAAAG